AUGCAUGUUGCAAAAUUUCCCUGUUCAUUACUAGUCCUGUUACUACUGUUCGUAACAGAGGUACUUGCUGACGAUGACGAUACUGAUUUCCUCAUGAACGUCUUCUCCGAUCUUGGCCCCGUCCUUGCGUUAUUUGGUGAGCAGUUUGCACGUCAAUUUCUCAGCGAGACCUUCACUUGGUAUGACCAUGUCAUUUUUGCCUGCGUCCCAUUGGGGAUCAUGACGGCAAUAGCGGGUGCAAUCCGUGUUGAAGGUCGCCCAGUACUGAAAGCCUUUAUUGGCCGCGCCCGCGAAAACAAAGCUGCCGCCGAAAUAGAGUAUAUGUCCUCUACAUCUGCCGAAGUAGGGGAACUAUUUAAUGGAAGGGGUAUUGUGAGAACUAUGGGGCAGUCAAAUAUUGCUCAGUUUAUUUUGUUCCAAAGGGGCUUUGACUCAAACAAGACGACGUACGGUAUACAUACUUUGCAAUCCGCGGCUGAAGAAGGCCAGGAUAUCCUAAAGAAAGAGGAUUACCGUGACGAGCUUGAUGUGCGCUUCAUGAAAUGGUUGAAACGGUUCAAAGCCCAUCCUACGUCUCCGGAGAACGCACUUGAACACGGUGCCAACAAUGAAAGAACAUCAAAUAAUUACUGGGACUCUCUUCAGUAUCCCAACCUACAGCUCAACAUUGCAACUAAAGGGAUCACGGCAGAACAAAGGAGUGCUGAACUUCACUUGGCUGCGUUUUCCGCGGUCAUCUUACAGAUGUCUCUUCUUGCGAUAGCUGCCGUAAUACCCUAUCAAUUUCCUGGCUUUGAACAACAGCCUUGGGGUCUUCCCUGUUACAUAGGCGGUUCUGUUCUGCUGUUCACUGGCAUGCUUGCUUGCUCAGUUGCCAUUGAAAGAAGUACGAAAGAGUACAAAUGGUAUCCCAAUGAAUCUAAAGAACAAGGAGAGAAGUUGAGUUUAUUCUGGGUACAAGGCAAGCAACGAGUUAGUGACCAGGAAUUCGCCUCUUAUAUCAUCUACGCACAAGACAAAGAAUUUAUGUCGACAUCCAGCCGGAAAGAGGACGUUGGCUCCAAAUCACAUGAACGAGAUGAUCAGAAUGAGGAUAGCUACGAAAAACAGCCAAGUAUCCGGACGCAAGAAAGCUUCGUGCAGGCAAAGAAGAUACAAACGAGCAAGGGUGGUGGAGCGCUCGUAUGGAAGCGCGAUAUCCGUGCAGUGACUGCACUCUUUGCUGGUGGUGCAGGAUUUACCAUCCAGUUCAUAGGUCUUCGAGGCCUUCCAUGGCCUGUCGCUGUUGCACACCUGGGUGCCCUUAUCACCAUGGCCAUCAUACGGGCAUUGGUCAGGCGGCGACUUGGAGAAGAUACCCAGUAUCGAGAGGUUCAGUCAGAGCAUGAACUUGACUAUCUAGCCAUUGAACUAGUUGAGAACGAUGGCUGUAUCCUUCCUCAUCCUGAAAAGAAUACAAAACCACUGCCAGAGGUUCUACAGUUGGUUUUAUCUUGGAGAGUUGAUACUGCUGAACACCCGAACGGGACUAUUCACUCAUUUGACUUUCCAGGUGUUCUUAAAGCCGAUGAUGUAUGCUCUGAACAGAACAAUCACAACGUGAUCAGCGAUAACAGCACGGCCCAGCAACGAGCAAGCCCAAUCCCUCCGGAAACUGUGGCCGACAAACUCAUAUCGGUUCGGAAGCGGCUCGGAGAUCUCUGUGAAUGGGAAACAAUGGCAUUCAAGCCAGCACUGACGCUCGUUCACUCUAUUGAGCAUUUCUUGGACGAGUUUGCUUCGGACGAACUGAGCAGUAACCGACCAAUUACCUGGGGAAUUCCCAUGAAAAGCUUAGGCGAUAAGUCUGGGAUAGUGAAAUUAGAAAUUACCAAGACGACUACGGGGUGGAAGGUCAAUGCUGGUAAAGUCGAGGCUAUUUUAUCAAUCUGGAUGGCUCAUCUCGAGGCCCAAAAUACGACGAAAGGCAAGAAAAACAAAGCGACAGAAUGGCAGAGGUCAAAGGCUGAUGUUGCUUUGGGAGUUGACUACUGCAGAAUCCUGGGACGUAGCAACGACAAUAGGGUCCUGCAGCGUGACCUAAACUGGUGGGUAGGUAGUUCAGCCAUUACCGAGAUUGAAGCCGAUACGCAAGUGUCUCAGGUCAGGCCUAAUACUCAACCCGAGGGAAGCAGAACAACAAGCUUCCAAACACAAGGCUCGGCUGCAGCCAGAAGAUUUACCUCACAUGUUUCAAGUUCUGAACAAACCACUUCCGCAAGCAAGCCACACAUCUACAAAUCAAAACACAAGGACGCCAAGAUAGUGAUCGGCUACACUGCGCCUGCCGACGCCAACGGACCUCAGACGCUUCAUGUCCAGCAUUCAACUGCCGCUACGGCUACCAUUGUGAUGCAGCACCUAUUCACAAACUUUAUAUGGACAAUUGUCGAUCACUUACCAAAAAACUUUCUGGGUCAAGGUGCUGUCAACAUUGGUGAAUCUGUUAGUGUUUCUUCACCAAUCAAAUCUGGCAUCGAUCGGAACCUGGAGCAUGAAAAGCUUACGAAAUUUGCCCGUCGUGCCGAAAACGAAGGUCUUGGGACAUAUGACGAUAUUCUAUUCUGUCUUAUACCUGUGUUCAGCAUUAAAGAUCGCUUGCCUAAUGACGCGACCCUUGAGCCUGACCUACCUAAGUUCACUGAGCGGAAACAUUGGCCAAAGGCAGCUGCCAGCUUUUCUGAAAUUCUGAAAUCAAUGCCGAAGACCCCCAGGGACCGUUUCGAGGACUCCCUCACUUUAACAGCAGUAGCCCGUGCACUGGAUUAUGUUUAUCUGAUGGCCCUGGAUGAACAGUUUUCACAACUAAAAAAGCCUGCGAACGCGAAUACAGAAUCGAAACAACCAGAAAUCGAUGAAUCUGAAGAUUCUCGUGAAAAGACCGAAGUUUCACGGAGAAACUCCAAGCUGGCAAAAGAGAGAUCAGCUGAACAUUUACAAACCCUCAUUUCUAAUGUUUUCCCUGGAGUAAUGAUGAAACUGUGGUUGUUUUACGAGCACCAAGGACGCGCGAACUUCUUUUUGGACCUGAAGAGGAAGUGUCAGGAGAGGAUUGCUGAGCACGAGUGGCAAUUGCAGCUCGAGAUCCAACAAGGUUUCAUGGAGCAUAUCAGAUUCACCAACCUCCACCAAGAGAUCGUCAAUAACCGCCGACUCAAUCUGGGGGAAUGGCAAGGUAUGGAAUUUCAGACGAGAGAUAUUUUCGGCUGGACUGCUCUACACUAUGCUGCUGCUUGUCGAGACUUAGAGAUCACUGAGUGCAACAAUGCUGAUAAAGUUGCCCGCUUGGGCGGGGAGACACCAAAGAACUGGUGGCUAGACAAUUUUGGAAGAAGUCCGAUUCACAUAGCAUCUUCCACCGGUAAUUCGAUAUUCUUGGAUACUUUCCUCACAAACAUGUCAAAAAAAGACGUGCGAUCUGCCCUUCAAUCAUCAGGCCUCGAUGGAAUGACUCCAGUUCAUCUUGCUAUUGCAGGAGGACACAAGGAAUGCCUUGAUAUUCUCAUCAGGUUUAUAAUUUCCUUCGGGUUGGAGUUGAAAGAGGAUGCCUGGAGACGGAGCCCAGUACAUCUCGCUAUUGCCCUGGCCCAAUAUCCGUGCUGUACCGCACUACUCGAAAGCGGCGACUUGAAGUUCAAACCUAGCACCGUUGAUGUUCUAGACAAAUCGUCCUUGUCGUACCUUGACGAGAAUGUUGAUGAAGAAAAAGAGAUUGGGCAUCUAUUGAUCAGAAACUAUUCGGAGAAAUUCUCAGUAACGGACAAGGAAGGGAAAACUGUGUGGCACCAUGCGGUCAGGUUCUUGGGCGAUCAAUGGCUUGUUCUAUUGGAAGACAACUUACUUGACAUCCUGGAAGCGAGGCACAAGCAUAGCAUCGACAUGAACGACAAUAACCAGGAAACUGGGCUCCAUCUGGCGAUCCGGUAUAAGAAUAAUGAGCUAGUCGCAAGCCUUCUUUCUUUAGGCGCGAAUUUGUCCACCAACAAAGACAAGCAUCAAUCUCCGCUGAUGCUGGCAUGCUCUCUCAACCAACUUGCCAUUGUCAAGACAAUCUUAAGAAGUGAUAGCGGUACGGUAAAAGACAAAGAUGGGGAGGGCAAACUUGCAUUACAUUAUGCGGUUAACUUCGAGGAGUGCGACAGCGGUGUCCGUCACGAAAUCAUCAGCACGGUUAUAGACACUAUGAGGAGUGUUGGUAUUGAAGGCAUCGAUGUUAAGGAUGAAAACGGGCUCACGCCGUUAUACAUUGCGAUAAUGAGGGUCAACAGCUCGGUUGUCUCUAUUCUCCUUGACUCAGGAGCAGACCCCACUACCACAGAUACAUAUGGCUGUAAUGCAUUGCACCUUGCAUUGACGUCUUGGCCCGAUGGUGGAGAGUCUGUCAAAGCGAUGCCCAACAUUGUCAGAAACGUUCUUGCAAAGGCGCCUGGUUGCAUGGACGCGUCAACUUACAUGGGUCAUACACUAUUGACAUUGGCAUGCUAUAGCGGAGAGCCACUCGAAUUCAUUUCCGAAGCAGUUGACCUAUCCAGACAAAAAGGCUCGAAGAUCAAUCUCAACUAUCCAGAUCAUGACUACGGUAAAUCUCCUCUUGCUUGGGCAUGUGAAGGCAACCAGAAGAAUGUUGUCGAAAUUUUGUUACAGUCGACAACAGUGGAUCUCAACCAGAAAUCAAAUAGUAGGAGGAACAGCUAUGCGCCACUGCAUUUUGCCUUGGAGGAGAAAAAUCGGGAAAUUAUCAAAAUGUUGGUUAGCAGUCCAGAACGACAUGCUGACAUUUAUACCACCAUCCAUGGAUACACUGAUGCUCUGGAGUUUGCCUGCUGGAAUUCUAAUGAAGAUUGCAUCGAAUCGCUGCUCUUGCACCCAGAAGCAAGAUCUCCGAAGUUCUUGGUUUCUGCCUGGAAGUGGGCUGUCCAACAACCCUCACUCAUAGAAGAGAUGCCCUGGUUUGUAGAAGAAUGGGAAGAUGCAAUCCUCAACCCCACAAACAAAGUACCGUUCCCAAUUCAUGAGCUCGCCGAGGUUGGAAGGCUUAAGACAUUCCAGUUGCUUUUCCAAGCCGAUCGACUUCACCACGAGUUCGAUGACAACGGCUGGAUGCCUGCCGAAGUCGCCACUAGAUAUGGUCAUCAUGAGCUUGCAUUAUUUCUUCGCGAAAACGAACCGCAAAGAGACAUCAGCCCGAACCGUUAUGCUCAACCGUCAAACUUUAUUAGCCUUUUUAAUGGGCCAGAGUUUUCAUCAUCCAUGUGUUCUUCUCAUGACCCGUGUUCGCAUCAGAUGUUAGAUAUCAAGUUCCCGAAGAACGAUCAAGUCGACUGGCAAUAUUGCUAUCUUCGCACAAAAGAAGCAAUUCCCCCAAACGCAAGAUCUUUCUACUUCGAAGUCGAGAUUCUUCACCCAUUACAAAUGAAAAUUUGUGCCAUAGGCUUCUGCCAGUCAAAUGUUCCUGAAAACCAUCUUCCGGGGUGGCACAAGGGUUCUUUUGCAUAUCAUGGAGAUGAUGGGAAGCUUUUCGAAAACGGAGGUCCAAGUCACCCUCAAGAGGCCGACAAGACAUUUGGCGAAGGCGAUGUGGUAGGCUGUGGCUUGGACUUCAAUACCGGGACCGUUUAUCGCACCAGGAAUGGUGUCCUUCUCGACACCACUUACUCAGUCGAGGAUCCUGAGUUCCUAUUGGGGCGAUUCUAUCCUUGCGUUGGUGCAAGAACGAAUGGUGAAGGGGGCGAGCUUCAAGUCCAGGUCACCCUUCCAUCAUCUUCAAAGCACUCGUUUACCUACAAAGAACAAUAUGAUACUGCAUGGGAUGAUAGGAAUCCCUCCGUGUCUAGUCCUAACCAGUCUAAUGACGCAGUGUCCGAGGGGAUGAUUAAGGAUGAAUGA